AUGUAUACCCUUCAAAAAGGCCAAACGCUUACUAACAGUAUUGAAUACAUUGCCGAUGACUGUUUGGCUUCCGUUUUCCGGUUACUUGACACCGUCGAUCGCAACAGUUGUUCGCUUGUGUGUCGGCGGUGGUUGAAGGUGGAUGGAUACAAUCGUCACUCUCUCUCCCUCACCGCCGAAUCACAUCUCUCUGACUUCAUCCCCUCUCUUUUCCUUCGCUUCAAUACCGUCACCGAAGUCAGUCUCAGAUAUUUCGGCUACGAAGACGAGACCAUCAGCGCCGAAACUCUCAUCCGUAUCUCCCAACUCUGCCCUAAUCUCACGAGCCUCCAAGUCCUGGCCUCCUGCUUUCUCACCGCCAAGACCUCAAUCUCCUCGCCAGGAAUUGCAGGCUUUGAAGGAAAGUUGCAGUUAAAGGUCCAAAUUUUGGGAGGCGGAGGAAGGAAUGAAGGCAUUUAUGAUCAUUUGCAAGGCCUCUGGAAAGACCUCUCCCUCGACGGUUUUCGUGGAACAGAAAACGCGUCGAGUGUUGCACUGCCAAAGCUGAAACUCAAAGCCAUUUCUCUCAAGGACACCGUUUUAUUCUAUCCUUUUCUCGGCGCCAAGAAUCUGCGGGUAUUGAAGCUCGUCCGGUGCCACGGGGACUUGAAUACUCUUUUUCAUGUGUUGACGAAUGAGGUUACUGGCAUAGUGGAACUCCACCUCGUGAUGCUCGAAAUCAGCGAUAUUGGUUUGGAAGCGAUUGCAAAAUGUUCGAAUUUAGAAGUUCUCCAUCUGACAAGGACACCUAAGUGCACUGACAAAGGACUGGUUGCAGUUGCAAAGGGUUGCAACAGGAGUUUAAGAAAACUUCGUGUUGGGUGGGACAUGGAGGAAAUAGGUAGCAGAGGUUUGAUGGGUGUCGCUGAGUAUUGCGUUAAUGUUGAGCAACUGGUCCUGAUUGGCGUGAAUCCGAGCAAAGAGUGUUUGGAAAUGUUGGUUUCGAAUUGCAAGGGUUUGAAGCAAUUGGCGGUGUGUGGAAGUGAAACGGUUGGUUGA